AUGCUGUGCUCACAGCUCCAGGUGCUCCUGGUGGCCCUCUCCGCAUCCGUGCUGCUGGCCCGAGUCGGUGGGGCCCCGCAGAGGGAAACGCUGGCCGGACUACUGAGGACAAACGUCGCCGAUGGCAACAAGGAUCUCUCGCGUGCCCUGCUGCUGAAGAUCAUGUCAGACCUGAUGACGCAGGGGGGGGACGAGGUCCUGCCGGAGAUGGAAGAGCUGGGCAUACGCGAGGAAGUGGCGCGGCAGCUGCCCCUCUCCCAGCGCGAACGCAAAGCAGGCUGCCGGAACUUCUUCUGGAAGACGUUCACCUCGUGUUAG